CUAAUCUAACAAAGAACAAUGUCCAAUAUCCUCACAGUCUUGUUUCUCCUUGUCAUUUCUACAACAGCAGCAGCUAAAAGUAGAUCAUCCAACAUCACCUUAGGCUCUUCCCUCACACCCACCUCCAACUCCUCCUGGCCUUCCCCCUCCGGCCUCUACGCCUUCGGCUUCUUCCCCCAACACGUCAACAACUAUGCCGUUGGCAUCUUUCUACCCGACAAAACCGUCGUCUGGGCAGCAAGGAGGGAAAGUAAUCUGACCGUCCCAGAGGACGUCGUCUCCCUUUCACUAACCCCCGAGGGGCUAAUCCUCCGCCAGAGACAAGGCCCGGACAUAGUCGUCAUCGGCCGAUACUCAGCCAUCGCGUCGGCCUCAAUGCUCGACAAUGGCAACUUUGUUCUCUACGAUUCCAAUCACACAAUCAUCUGGCAAAGCUUCGACCGCCCAACCAACACCCUCCUCCCCGGCCAACGCCUCACUCCCGGGCAAGAGAUCGUCUCCAGCGCCUCCGACACCGACUACAGCAGAGGCAGUUUCAGGCUGAAGAUGCAGACAGAUGGUUACCUCGUGCAGUAUCCUGUCGGAACAGAGGACACCGCGACUUACGCUUACUAUGCUGAAAAUCCAGAAGGAGCAGUUAACGUGUCUCUUAACUUCGACAGCGAUGGCCGCCUUUAUCAGCUGAUCAACGGCAGCUUGCCUCUGCGGAACAUAUCCAACGGCCGACUCCCUACAGAAGGAUACAUCAAUUUCAUGAGGCUCGACGUCGGAGGAAUUUUCCGCAUCUACUCUCUGUCACUAGAUAAUAUGACCACGGCCAGGCGAUGGUCCUCCAUAGUCGACGAGUGUGCUCCCAAAGGCUUCUGCGGAGUCAACGCCUUCUGUAUUCUUAUGGAUAAUGUGCCGGGAUGCCAGUGCCUUCCCGGUUUCGUGUCCGUUCAGCCCGGUAACAGUACAGCUCCCUGUUCUCGAACCUUCUCGGUCCAGGACUGCCCCAACACUGAUGAUGGGUCGAGGUCCGAAAUGUUAAGAGUCGAAAACACGGAAUGGGACGAAACCUGGUAUGAGAAUAGAGUCAUGAGUGAAGAAGAGUGCAGCAAAGCAUGCCUGGAUGACUGCAACUGCGAAGCUGCCAUGUAUGUAGACAGCGAAUGCAGAAAACAGAGGCUUCCGCUGAGAUUCGGCAGAAGGUCUCUUGGACAAUCAAAUGUCGCUUUCAUUCGUGUCAGUAGAACCGCAGUACACGGCUUGGGAGGCCAUAAAAUCAUCGUUAAGAAAGAGGGGCGGAUUAACAUCCUUGUCAUCGGCGUUGUUCUCUUGUCUAUAGGCGUCUUGGCGUUGUCUAUUUCUGUGAUCUUUGUUCGCCUGAAAAGGAAGGACUACAGCAAGAUUGGUAAGGAAAAUUCAGAUAACUAUGUUGAAGGUAUUUCACUGCAAGUUUUCACAUUCAAGCAUCUGUCCGAAGCGACAAAUGGCUUCGAGGAAGAGCUGGGGAGAGGAGCAUCUGGCAUAGUGUUCAAAGGGGUUUUGCAGCAGAAAAUGGUGGCAGUGAAGAGGUUGGAGAAGGAAUUUGCACAAGGAGAGAUAGAGUUCAAGACAGAGUUGACGACGAUUGGGAAGAUGUAUCAUAGGAACCUAGUCCGGCUCCUAGGCUACUGCUUCAACGGAGACAACAAACUGUUGGUGUUUGAGUACAUGAGCAAUGGGACCCUUGCAGACAUACUUUUCAAUCAAGAGAAACGGCCAAGCUGGGAGGAACGUAUUGAGAUUGCUCGUGAUAUAUCGAGGGGGAUACUGUAUCUGCACCAAGAGUGCGAGACGCAAAUCAUUCACUGCGAUAUAAAGCCUCAGAACAUACUCAUGGACGAGAAUUGGUGCGCUAAGAUAUCGGACUUUGGGCUGGCGAAGCUCCUAAAACAAGAUCAAACUAAUACGCAUACUGAGAUAAGAGGGACUAAGGGCUAUGUAGCGCCAGAGUGGUACCAGAAGCAGGCGAUCACGGUGAAAGCAGAUGUUUAUAGCUUUGGAGUGAUGCUGCUGGAGAUCAUAUGUUGUAGGAAGUGCGUUGAUUGGAGCAGGAGUGAGGAUGAGGCGAUUCUUGAGGAAUGGGUUUACGACUGUUAUUCAUCAAGGAAGAUUGGGAGUCUGGUGGGAGAUGAAAUGGUGGAGGAGAGGAAAGUGGAGAGGAUGGUGAAGAUAGGGAUAUGGUGUGUGCAAUAUGAUCCGUCACUACGUCCAACAAUGAAAAAAGUUUUGCUAAUGUUGGAGGGAACUGUCGAGAUUCCGAUACCUCCAAGUCCGAGUUCUUUCUUAAGUUCAAUCUAGCUUAAUUUACUACCACAAUGUUCUAAUGUAAUCCCUUCGUCCAUGAUUAAAUGUACCAGCAUUCAGCUUGAUCUUCAGAUCCUUAGCCGAGGCCACACGAAUCACUUGCUCUGUAACACAAAUUUCUCAAAUAAAUCAACUUCAGACUUAGAA